UGACACUUCAAUAAAUUACACGUCAGGCUGCUAUUUAAGUUUAAUUUGUUUAUCAUUUAAAACAAACCCAAUUAAAAUGAACCAAUAAGUUUCUAAUAAGACCUAUUUAUCCCAGUGAAACUACACUAAUUUAUUACAAUAAUCAUGGGAAUGUUAUUUAGUUAUUUUAAAAGCCUCCUCGGCGCCCGUGAGAUGAGGAUACUGAUACUAGGUUUAGAUGGAGCCGGCAAAACAACCAUUUUAUACAGGUUACAGGUUGGUGAAGUUGUUACAACCAUUCCAACAAUUGGUUUUAAUGUUGAACAAGUCACCUAUCAAAACCUUAAAUUCCAAGUCUGGGAUCUUGGUGGACAAACAAGUAUAAGGCCUUAUUGGAGAUGUUAUUAUAGUAAUACGGAUGCUAUUAUUUAUGUUGUUGACUCAGCAGACAAAGAAAGAAUGGGUAUAUCAAAAGAUGAACUCUUCCAUAUGCUGAGGGAGGAAGAACUAAAUGAUGCAAUUCUUGUUGUCCUGGCCAACAAACAAGACAUUCCCGGUUGCAUGUCACUGAAAGAUGUGCACCAGGCCCUUGGAUUGGAAGCGUUGAAAAACAGGACGUUCCAAAUCUUCAAGACCUCAGCAACAAAAGGGGAGGGACUAGAUAUGGCGAUGGAAUGGCUGGCGCAAGCCCUAAAGAACCGCAAAUAGCACAUUGUCUAUGUUUACUAAAUCUAGUCUCUUACACAAUUUUCACCGUUCCGGUGUUUGAUUUGUAAUAUAUUGCCUGGUUUAAAAAAUUUAUUUUUGUUAAUUGAUUCAUUUCAAUACAAUAAACAAUCCGGCGUAAUGUGAUAAAAAACGAAUACGGAUUGUUUGCUGGAUUGAAAUUGGAGUGAAGUGCUUAAAAAUGUUACAAUAAUAUAUUUUAAGUGUUUUGUGUUCUAAAAAGUAUUCAAAGUAAUUUUUAGUCGUAAUUUUUUAUCAUUCCAUGAUUUUCAUUUAUCCGUUUUUAUGUAUGUUUAAAUUAAGAUCAAUACAAAUGUCGUUUCAUCAAAUAAGAAUUAUAUUUAUAUCAAUUUCAUGCAUCUAUGCUGUCAUACAUUUUGUACUGUACAUUGUAAUAAAUGUAGGUAUUGAUGAAA